UGUAAAUGUGUUUCAGACAGGUGCACUGCAUACACUGAACAAGUCAAGGUCCUUAACAUUUUAUACAGAAGGUUCUUUAUAUGAAUGUAGAAAUGUAGAGCGAGAAGAUGACUGUUUUCACAUCCUCCUCUGCCUAGAUUUUAUGUUGUACAUUACACACAAUGCCUUGCUCCAGAACCACUGCACCUUAGUGAUUAAUAAAGUGUUCUACUUCCAUGCUGCAGAACGUUAGGGUGCUACAACCUCUGUCACUUUAAGCUUCUCCAGGAACACUCAGGGAACUAGCCUGUUGCCAUCUGCCGGACACACUGGUGUGUUUGUAGGUAUGGGUAUCACAGCAAUGCCCCUAGUUGAAGCAUUUGAUAAAACUCACAGUGCAAGAUCAGGUUGCACCCGGAAAUAUGUCAUUUGAAGACAGGUGAGAAAUGAACAGGGAAUGCAGAGAAAAUAACUUUUUUUUUUUUUUUUUAUACUACUCGGGACAGUUCAAGGACACUGCUCAGAGCUUUCAUGUGACAGCUCCAGCAGCCUUUCGCUCCAUACUGUCACAGCCUGUCUCAGAGAAAAACGUGCCUCCAGGCCUCUUUUUGCUUCUCUCAGAGGCCUGGAAGAUUGAGCCUAGGUUCAGAAAAAGAAACCAGGAGCUAGGCUUUCUAAAGGGUUUGGCAGCCACUGUCACUUAGAUGUCUCACCUCUGCAGCAGAGCUUUUAAAAACGUGCAUGCUGAUAGACUCAAAGCCAUGUUCCACGUGCAUCCACAGGGGAGCCUUUGCAAUGAAAUAAAGUACAAAGCCUGCUUAAUGAAAAUAGACUAGACACCAUAGCAGUGAUACCCUUUGUCACGUAUAAGGAUAUUCAAAUUACAGGGAUUCUUCCAGGAACACGUAAUUUUCCCAAGGGUACAUGUAAGUACCCUUGGGAAAUAUUCUAUACCUCAGUAGGCAAAAAAUAUUACUGCAGCAUUGUGUCCAUCAGUGAAGAUAAAGAGCCUCUUGUACCAGGGAAGCUACUUCUUCAAAAUACCUAUAAUAUAUAAAAACAGUAAACCCUUUUUGUCAGUGAUUGUUGGGCUCAGUGCUUUAUUUCUUUAGGAAAGGAACUGCUUCCUAGGAAAGACAUAGGUGUUUUUCAUGAAAUUCCAGCUCAGUAUAAAGGACUUUGUUGCAUAGUAAGAAAGUUGCAAUAUAGCAAGCAAAAAACUGCAAGCUGUCAGUGCUGGGUUGCAUAGCUGUGUGGGGAAGCCAGGUGCACAGCAAUGGUGAGAGGAAGAGAGGCACAAGUGGCUCAGAGGAUGCCAGCUGCCAUCCCAAUGGCACAGAAGGGACACAUGCCCCUGCCCUGGGCAGCCUGCUCAAAAAGCUGUCAGUGUGGUCUGCUCAAGGUGUCUUUCUUUCCAUGUUAUGUGAAAAGAGUCACCAUCCCACCCCUAGCUGAUGCUACCACAUCAUGACAGCUGACAGUUGUCACAGCUUAGCGUGCUGCUGCUCUUUAGCUUCUGCCUGCUUCAUUCUGUCUUUUUCAUUUAUUUAAUUAUUUUUAAUGCUUUUCUAAGUCUCUGUUAUGGCUUGGAAAUCCAGAGCGAUCUUCUGUCCUCUGCAAGUCCAUAAAAGAUGUAUUCUGUUCAGAUUUCGAAACAACCCAUCAGAGAUUAAAUGAUAAUAGGUUUAUUUAGAGCCUGAAGGAAUUUCCUUAUCAUGUAUGAUGCAACAGCACAUGGGAGAUUAAAUCCCAGAAUACCUUUCAAGCCUAUUUUUAAUUUGUCCUCAAACGAGCCCUGCUUUUAUUAAAGACUUUCCAAAGGAGUAGAAUAGAGCAUUCUCUGUCAUUUUCUGAAAUGACUUUAAGCACUGAGCUGCAUCUACAUUUUCUCAAGCAGUGCUUAUUACAAAAUAUGUGAAGAAAUACAACAUGAGUGAGCCUGAUACUCAGUUGUGAGUUUAAAAGGCUUUACACAGGCAUCACAAGUGUAUCAAACCUGCAGUGGGACUUUUUUAGUCUGCUCUUCUGAUCCAAACAUCACCUGUAGAGACGUGCAGGAACUUUGCAACUCUGCAAAGCAGCAGAUGCAGAGCGGAUGUGGGGCGACCAAGACACCACACAGAAAAACCACUUCCAUGGCGGGCAGCCAGACCCCACCUUGGCUGCUGGCAACUGGCAUGGGCAGCUAUCCCUGGCUGAUCCCUUCCAGCAGAAGGCUGCCAGUGGCACCUAGAAAAGGGCUCUGGUGAAAAAUACCUACCAGAAGAGGAUCGACGGGGCAGCUGAAAGCUGUCAAGUCGUAUGCCACCACUGACACCCCUGCAGCUCUUGUCACUGUGCAGCUGCUUAGUUGCGUUGGACAGGAGAUAGACGAUUGAUAAAUUGAGUUGUAGAUUUGGGCAUCUCUGGAUGUUUUCCUGCUGUCCAGAUAAAUUCAGUUUUCACGUUGAAGGAGCUCCUUUUUCUCAGCAGGACGACCUCAGCCAUUAAGGAAAGGGCGAGCUCCCUUCGACCUCUCGGGGCAGCCAUUACCAGCAGUAGAGCACAGGCCCGAGCCCUGGCUGCCUGAUUCCGCCCAGGGAAACCAGGGACGGGAAAAUCCGUGGCGCUGCCAAACGGAGCCGGCACGACGGGGCUGCCCGCGGGAGCGGCCUCCAGAGGGAGCCGCGCGCAGCCGAGUGCGCGGAAGCCACCAAUUCGCUUGGGCGGGUUUGCCAUGUUACGCCGUUAUGGAGGACGGGCCUUGAGAGCUGCGCACGGACUCGAAACGCGGGCAGUUAGCGGUGGGCUUAAGCAUCAGAUUCCUCUGCCGACACCUCCGUCACGUCGGCAGCACGCGCAGCUCCGGCCCUCGCGCUGAGGGAAGAGCCCGGCAGCCGCAGGGAGCCGCCCGCCGCCCCGCCCGGCGCCGGCCAUUGGCCGCGAGCAGCCAUUACUCCCGCGGGCGGCGGUGGGGGGCCGGACUUCAUCGUCGCCGCGGCGGCAGCGGCAGGAGAAUACAUGACUUGCUGAAAAGAGAGAAAAUGCUAUGCUGGGGUUACUCAUCUUUUGGACAACCUGGGAUAGGUAGCAACCUCCAGGUCAUCAUUCCCGAACCCCAGGUGUAUGGAUUCAUUCACGACAGAAAUGUCAAGGAGGUGGCAUGUGGAGGAAACCACUCGGUGUUCCUGCUGGAAGAUGGGGAAGUGUACACCUGUGGCUUGAACACCAAAGGCCAGCUGGGGCACGAGAGUGAAGGAAGCAAGCCAGAACUAAUUGGAGCCCUGGCAGGGCAGCACAUAGUGCACGUGGCCUGCGGAGAGUCCCACAGUGUGGCACUCAGUGACCAGGGCCAGGUCUUCUCCUGGGGCGCAGGCAGCGAUGGACAGCUGGGCCUCACCACGAUUGAAGAUGCAGUGACAGUACCAAGGCUGAUAAAGAAACUGAACCAACAGACCAUACUGCAGAUUUCCUGUGGAAACUGGCACUGCCUGGCUUUGGCAGCAGAUGGCCAGUUCUUCACGUGGGGACAGAACAGCUAUGGUCAGUUGGGCCUGGGGAAAGAGUGUCCCUCCCAAGCAAGUCCACAGCGUGUCAAGUCUCUUGAUGGGAUCCCUUUGGCUCAGGUUGCUGCAGGUGGAGCCCACAGUUUUGCCCUCUCUCUCUCAGGAGCUGUGUUUGGCUGGGGAAAGAACAGCUCAGGACAGCUGGGACUAAGCGAUGAACGAGACCGAGAAUCCCCUUGCCAUGUGAAGCUAUUGCGGUCUCAGAAGGUUGUUUACAUCAGCUGUGGAGAGGAACACACAGCAGUUCUAACAAAGAGUGGAGGGGUGUUCACGUUCGGUGCAGGUUCCUGCGGGCAACUGGGACAUGAUUCCAUGAAUGAUGAAGUGAACCCCCGAAGAGUUCUUGAGCUGAUGGGCAGUGAAGUAUCCCAGAUUGCUUGUGGCAGACAUCACACUUUAGCCUUUGUGCCUUCUUCAGGAAUGAUCUAUGCAUUUGGCUGUGGAACAAGAGGCCAGCUGGGAACUGGGCACACUUGCAACGUUAAGUGUCCCUCUCCGGUGAAGGGUCACUGGGCAGCUCACAAUGGGCAACUCUCAGGGAAACCUGAUGCCUGUAAAUAUCAUAUUGUUAAACAUAUCUUCUCGGGAGGAGACCAAACAUUUGUACUUUGUUCCAAAUAUGAGAAUUCCUUGCCUGCUGAUGAUUUCCGGACCAUAAAUGAAACACGUUACACCUGUUUAAUAAAUGAUGAAACUAUAGAUGUCUGGAGGCAAAAGCUUUUAGAAAAGAACAGUUCUAAUUCUGUCAAUAAUGUUGUUCAGAUACUGUCCUCAGCUGCCUGCUGGAAUGGAAGCUUCUUGGAGAAGAAAAUUGAUGAACAUUUUAAGACCAGUCCAAAGAUCCCAGGGAUUGAUUUGAACUCCACUAGAGUGCUGUUCGAGAAGCUGAUGAACUCGCAACAUUCAAUUCUCCUAGAUCAGAUACUGAAGAGCUUUGAAAGCUUUUUGAUUCCUCAGUUGUCCAGCUCACCACCAGACGUUGAGGCAAUGAGGAUCUAUCUGAUUCUCCCUGAAUUCCCACCCUUCCAAGAUUCAAAGUAUUAUAUCACAUUAACACUUCCUCUGGCAAUGGCUAUUCUGCGCUUGGACACCAAUCCUAGCAAAGUUCUUGAUAACUGGUGGUCUCAAGUGUGUCCAAGAUAUUUCCUCAGGCUAGUGGAUCUCUAUAAAGGUGCAGUGGUUUACCUCCUCAGUGGAAGAAAGACAUUGUUGAUCCCAGUCUUGUUCAGUAGCUACAUCACAGCUGCUCUCAGGCUUUUGGAGAAACUCCACAAGGUAAAUCAGAAAGUUAAACAUAUAGAAUAUGAUAAGUUUUAUAUCCCUGAGAUUUCCAGCUUGGUGGACAUUCAAGAGGACUACCUCAUGUGGUUCUUACAUCAGGCUGGAAUGAAAGUAAGACCAUCUAUCAUGCAAGAUGCUGUGACUCUCUGUUCUUAUCCUUUCAUCUUUGAUGCUCAGGCUAAGACCAAGAUGUUACAGACAGAUGCAGAACUACAGAUGCAGGUGGCAAUAAAUGGUGCAAAUUUGCAAAAUGUUUUUAUGCUUCUCACCCUGGAGCCUCUGCUGGCCAGAAGCCCUUUCCUGGUACUUCAUGUUCGCAGGAGUAAUUUAGUGGGUGAUGCUUUAAGAGAGCUGAGUAUCCAUUCAGACAUUGAUUUGAAAAAGCCUCUUAAGGUCAUCUUCGAUGGUGAGGAAGCUGUUGAUGCUGGAGGGGUGACAAAGGAAUUUUUCCUCCUGUUGCUGAAAGAACUCCUCAACCCCAUCUACGGCAUGUUCACUUACUACCCAGAGUCAAACCUGCUGUGGUUUUCAGACACGUGUUUUGUAGAACACAACUGGUUUCACUUGAUUGGCAUCAUAUGCGGUCUUGCAAUAUACAACUUCACAGUGGUAGACCUUCACUUUCCCUUGGCUCUGUACAAAAAGCUCUUGAAUGUGAAGCCAUGCCUAGAGGAUUUGAAGGAGCUGUCCCCUACAGAAGGAAGGAGUCUUCAGCAGCUUUUAGAUUAUCCUGGGGAAGAUAUAGAGGAGACAUUCUGCUUGAAUUUUACAAUCUGCAGGGAGAGCUAUGGUGUGACAGAGCACAAGAACCUGAUUGAAAACGGUGACAAAAUUCAGGUGCAAAAGGACAAUAGGGAAAAAUUUGUUGAAGCCUAUGUAAAUUACAUCUUCAACUGCUCCGUCCAUGAGUGGUACACAGCUUUCUCCACUGGCUUCCUGAAAGUGUGUGGUGGGAAAGUCCUGGAGCUCUUCCAGCCCACAGAGCUCAGGGCCAUGAUAGUUGGAAACAGCAACUACAACUGGGAGGAACUGGAGGAGAGUGCUGUCUAUAAGGGAGACUACACUGCGACGCACCCAACUGUGAGAAUGUUUUGGGAAACCUUUCAUGCAUUUCCUUUGGAAAAGAAGAAGAAAUUUCUCUUGUUUCUGACGGGCAGUGACCGCAUCCCCAUCUAUGGCAUGUCGAGCCUCCGCAUUGUCAUCCAGUCCACAGCCAACGGGGAGCAGUACCUGCCUGUGGCACACACCUGCUACAACCUCUUGGACCUGCCCAAGUACAGCAGCAAGGAGAUCCUCAGUGCCCGGCUGGUGCAAGCCAUUGAUCACUAUGAGGGCUUCAGCUUAGCUUGAUUGGUGUGGGAGAGGCCCAGACACUUGGGUAUGCGGUGGGCUUGGGUUUAUUUUUGUAUGGGAAGGGAUCGGAGCAUUUUUGGGGGAAAAAUAUUAAGAAUAGAUUUGGACAAUGCAGUCUCAACCUAAUGCUGCCAGUAUUUUGUGAGGCUUUAGCAGGCAGGGACUAUUGCUUUGAAUUUUCUGAUCUGCUGAACAUAAUCAGUUCAGUGAGCUUUUCUGUUGUUUUCCCUCCAGAUUCACAGCAGUGCCCUACCAGCAACUCCUUCUAGUUUGCUUUUAUUGCCCCUUACACACACAUUGACUUCUCAUUUUAGAUCAGUUUAUGUAGUUGGUGUUCCUUGCACUUAGGCUAUGGUGGUAAUUCAGGAUGAAAUAGUGAUCACCUUUUAAAAAAGCUGUGAUUCCCCACACCCUUUUUUUUCCUUCCUUUUUUAAAUGCAAGCUGGUUCUUGCUUACUUGGAGCGAACGUAUCCCCUCUGCACUUUGGUCCUCGGCAGAUGGUACUGGGCUAAGGUGUCACUUGUUAUCCCAGUUAUGGUACGUGCUCUGUCUUUUUGCACCAGUAUAUCUCAUGGAGGAUGUGUUGGUUGCAGGGUUGGCUUGUUAUUCCUCUUCUGUGUCAAACUUUGUUCCCAAGCAACGUCUUCUUAAAGGAUCAUCGGAUUCCUUUGUGUUAAGGCUUGUAGAUGGACAGACUGUACUGUUAACAACAGGUUUCUUGGACUGUGUCUCUCUUGUGUUGUUUUUCUGUCCCCAUGUUAGGCAGGGGGGGCAGAGCCACGUCCAGUGUUUCCAUUCUAUCAGAUGUGUUCUUCAUUACAAGGAGAGCUGGCAGCGAUUAUCACUGCCACCUUUCUCCAGAGGAGUCCUGCGUGUGUGAGGAUGUGUGCAAGCACUCCAAUGUCAUCAGACCAGAGGAAAAGAAAGAAGCAUUAAAUUCCUGUUGGUGUAGUAUCUCUCUUGUUGGAGGCUGGUGUUAUUACUGCAGUUUAUGGUUGGAGUGGAGCCUGUGGCAUCUGUUUGGCAUGUGCUGGGGGGAAGGCUAAAGGACAAUCUGUUAUGAAUUGCAGUGGUAAUGUACAGUAACUGUACAAUAAAAGAUGAGCAGGCAGAAGUGUAAACUGUGUUCUGUAAGGUUGGAGAGCCCCCAUCCUAUUAAUGAUAAGUAAAUGACUACCCCAUUUUUAAGGUAUUGGUGUAAAUCUCAUUUGAAGCCUGAGGUUGUUUUGCAAUUGAAUUGUUCUUAGGACAUACUCUUUAUGCACCAUGUUCGAUAUCUAGUAUUGAACUUUGCACCUUGUAACAAAAGGUUAUAGGUUUUGUCUUGGCAAAUGGAAGAGUGGAGUGCUGGUAAUGUAAUGCAGCAUUGAAGAAAAAUAAAGCAGCAUAUGAAAUGUUGAUAAUGGGUGUUUUUUUCAGAGGGCGGGAGGGAAGGAAAGGAAUGAGGAAGGAAGGAACACCUGCAGAUGUGUAUCUGGAAGUCCAAAGCUAACCUAGGAUUUUGUUAUCCCCUUCUCCAUGCCAGUCUUUCUUACUUUCUUAACAACAGUGCAGAUGGUGGUUUUGGUUUUUGCCACAGGGAAAACAGCAUUUUAGAAAUAGAGAGGAGGCAGCCAGGUGUGUCUUUUUUUCUUUUUUAAUUUACAAUUUUAUUUAACGGAUUCUGUUAUGUUUAGCUUUCAAAGUUCAAAAAUAUAAACUCUCUAAAGUGCAUAACUGUACUUACAUUUCAUAUAAACUAUCUGAAAUUCUAGCAGUAUGCCAUGUAAACAGCGGUAACUAAGCAUCAGAAAAUGCUACAAUCUCAUCAGUUCAAACAAUGCAAUGGACUGUUCCCUACGUAUCAUUUAUCAAGAUUUGUCAGGGGCAAAACUCAGCAAACAUCAUUUAUUGGUACACAGUGCAAACAGGCUUUUAAAAAUAAUCAGAGAAAUCAUACUCCUGGGAAGUGUUGGCCCACUACAACGUGAAUGAGGAGGAAAAAGGGCAGGAACUACACCAAACUUCCCUUCCUGUCACUCACUUUCAAAUGCAGUUUCUAAGCCCAACGGUAACACUCAGCAUAUCAGAUCUGCAGAGGCAGAGCCCCACAUCUCCCUCAUGAUGGACACUCAGUGCCUCCUAAAAGCCACACCCCCGUUCAUCAUACAGACCCUUUCAAACAGGGAAUUCAGCCUUCACUACUUUUCUAUAGGAGCAGGCAGUUCUGCUGUCAGUAGAAAACAGCCCCAGGCUCUCCUAACAGAAGCACAUCAGCCUCUUGUGAGGCAGACUGCCAAAGCAGAGCCCUGGGGAAGGGGGAGGAAGGCGGCCUCCCGAGUAGCUGCGAGGUGCCAAAGAGACCUGCCCUCAGCACCAGCUUUGGCAAGAAUGAACACAGCACAUUGAGGGGGGGUGAGUUUACGUACUGCUCCUCUUUAUGGGCCCUCCUGCCCGCUGAGAGAAGGGAAGUGAGGAGCUCUUCUGUGGGUUCUGCUCCUGUGUGAAGCCUGGCUGUGAUGAGGUGCACUGCACCCAUCCUCAGUUGUUCGGCUCCUGCACUCAGCUCCCCAGGGGACUGAGAUAAAAGACAACAUCUACUUGUGAUACCAGGGCCAAGCCCCAUUAACAAGGGCAUCUUGCCCCAGGUCCAGGGGGAGGGCUGCAGGGCAAUGACUGCCUGCAUGCACUCCUGGAGUGCACAGGGCUGCAGAACUGUCAACUGCUUGCUGUGAUUCUGGACUUACUGCCUUUCACUCCUUCAGGUGGUGAUUGUCCAAUGCAAGAACUGGAAUCCAGUGGCCCAGGACUCUUUUUCAGAUCUGAUAAUGUUUAACUGCCCAACGCUGCACUUGAAACGUACAGCACGAGGCUCCAGGCUUUCACUUCCCUGUAGUAUCCUCUGCCCCAGCAUACAAACUACAGCCAACAAAGCCACAGGGAAGAAAAGAACAUCCUCUGUUGCCACAAAGUAUCCCUGCUUCAGCUCACAUUGUCUGAUGGCACACAUAAAUAACACUCAGGCUAAUGGGUGUGCAUGACAUCCAUGUGGACUUCCAACUUAAGCUCUUGUGCCCAUUAUCAGAAGUGUAUGGGCUGAUGUGGUGGGUCUUCCAGAUGCUUGACAGCUGACACUUAGCUGAGCAGCUACCAAACUCCCAAGGCAUUCUAACUUAAAGCUGUUAAAACCUCUUCCUAGUUGCCCAAAUGUCGUCAUAAUCUCACAGCAUCGCCUUCCAAUGGGAACAAGCAGGCACAGUUGCUGCCCAACUCUUUUGCUUCGCUAUUCCAAACAGAUGUAGGUAUUUUCUUAACUGAAUUGGCAGUCAAAAAAGAAAAGUGGGAAGAAAACCCAACUGAAUCCUGUGCAAAACUGUAACUCAAACCAGUUCUGGGCUAUGACCAGGAUACUCUUCCAACAUGUUAUAAAGCAAUGGAAGUCACUGAACUCCAAACAGUCUGGUCAAAGGUCUGAGCAAAUCUUUACUGUAGCUAUAAGAGAACAAUCUUGGUGCUGUCUGACCUGUGCCAUCACAUGAGAUCAGAUCAGGUCUGGUAAAAUAAAGUGGAAGCUAUUUGAUGAUUUAGUCACUAUUCAUGCUACUUUGCCUCUUGCUAUGAUAUCCUGGAAAAAAAAAAA